CACGGAAACCUCUGUUUCUCCAUGGCCACUUUGCAUAUAUCAACUUCGGUCGUUUUGGAUCUCACCUGAAGCCUAUUUACAUCAACCUCCUUCGAGAUCCCCUGGAACGCCUUGCUUCACGUUACUAUUUUCUGCGCUUUGGCGAUGAUUACCGUCCUCACUUAAACCGUUCGCGUAUGAUUAACAAUACCGAACGCUGGCAAACCUUCGACCAGUGCGUACAGAAUAAAGGCAAAGAUUGCAAUCCAAGUCUUUUAUGGUCGCAGUACUCUCCAUUCAAACUAGCAAACCUAGCUCAGUAA